CUUGAUAAGGCAACAAUCCCCGAGAGAAUUAUGAAACGCUAUUCUGACUGCUCAUUACAAUAAUAUACACAGUAAAUCAGUAAAGUCACUGUUAUGAGCAUUUAGGUGAUAAAAGUGGAGGAGGUGUGCAUGCUUCAGAAAACACAUUGAGCAAUAAGGUGCCGGAAGAGCAGAUAAAGACCGCACUGCAACGGUUUUGUCUGCAGUUGCACGUGACAGAAAGUCAGCUGUGUGAACCGGCUAUUGUACAAAGUCCAAGUUUGUCCCUAAUCAAAAUACUUUUAACCCUUACCUACUCUUCUAACUUGAUGAAUUUCAAAUUUCUGUCACCCUAAAAUAUGAUGACUAUAUUUAAAAUUGUCAUCAUUUGAAACGUGAUGACUAUAUUUAAAAUGAUCAUUUGGGCACACUGACAGGCUGUUCUUAAUUAAAUUGUCAAUUUAAAACCAAAUUCUUAACACAAUUUAUGGAAAAUUAAUAAAUAAAUAAAAUUAUCAUUUGGGCACACUGACAUGCUUUUCUUAAUCAAAUCGUGAAUUUAAAAAAAAAUCUUGACACAACUUAUGGAAAAUGAAUAGACUGCUUGUUGAUCAGAUCAAGUGGGAGGGUAUUUUCCUUCUUUGUGUUGGCUGAAUAAAAUUCUUCCGGAAGGUGGUUGUGUUUACCUGAGCAGAAUUCCCUGGAAGGGUGCUCACGUCACGUCACGUGUGGCUCGAGUCUUUAAGAGUCGCUUGCUACUCAGCAGCACUCAGAACACGCCUCAGCCGGCUCUGCAAGAACUUCCCAUGGACACCCGAGUGCCUUCGAUCAUGUCUCAAAAUGAAGAUCUGGAGUGUGUGGUGUGUUUCUACAACUACUCGCGCAGCGAGCGGAUCCCACGCAUGCUGCACUGCAGUCACACCUUCUGCGCUCCAUGUCUGGAGAAACUGGCCAACGUGAACGGCGUGAUCCGGACCAUCUGCUGCCCACUGUGCCGCUGGGUCACCUGCACUCAGGCCAGUUUGACCCUGCCCGGGGCCUUGUGGGUCAAUACCGAGAUCUGGGAUGAGAUAGCAGUAAAGGAGCAGAAGAAGAUCAGGACGAGGACGAGGGGAAAUUCCGUGGAGGACUCGAACAAGCUCAUCAGGCCAACGCUCUUGGAUUCCAAUCACAUUGCUCUCAAGUCUACACUCCAAAAAAUGUUCAACUGUAUUGCAGUGCAUGAGCAACAUUUGCAGGCCACUGAUGUUUCCAAUGUCUUUUGACUUCCAUUUGGACCAAGCCCAUGUUUUUCUUUUUUUUUAUUCAACUUGUAUAUAGUUUUUUAAGAAAUGAAAUUACUGUAAACCAACAAGCAAACAUACUGUUUACUUAUUAUUUAUACAUGUUUAUUGUUGUAUACCAUUGUCUACCUACACUUAAGUCCUUCAGAAGGAAACUUAACAGUGAUGUGAAUUUGUACUUUUCUGAAUGGUGCUUAAAUAAAAAAUACUGUGAAUA